CUUUUUGAGAGCUGUAGUUUAGACUGAAGGAACUUAGAGUGCAACUAAACAACAGAGGCAUACUCACUACCAGUAAGUGGGAUGGUUGCUUUUUGUAAUUAUUUGGGCAUCCACUGGAUGUUUUCUGUGACAUGUUGCAUGUUCUGGAUUGUUUCAACCGCAGAAGGAAACAUCGUCUCAGAGCUGGUUGGCAGUAAAGUGACCCUGCACUGCGAGAACGAGUCAAACGACACGUUCGUUCAGCUGACGUGGAAAAUGAACGAGGUCAUCCUGUUCGGCUUCAUGCCAGGUGUUCCCUUACACGUCGGUGAGGAAGCUCGCCGCCUCAACAUACACGUGGCGGGAAGCCGAAUGGACGCACUGGUUAUUGAGAGAGUCCAGAAGUUUCAUACAGGAAGUUACACCUGUGAUAUCAACACCAACCGAGGAAAUCAGGAACAUAAGUGGAAGCUGAGAAUUACAGAACGCAAGAAGAUGACGACGACGCUCGCGGUCGUCGUGGCAACUGUCGUUCCUUGUGCGUGUUACCUGGUCUUUAUAUUGACGUCGAUCGUUCUGCAUAGAGUCCGCAAACAACGUGCAGAGGAUCACUCGCCCACUGCAACCAUGCAAGAGAAAGAAGAAGAUGUGUAUGAAAACUGUUUUGAAAUUGAUGUUGGUCAACAACGUGGCAACAAUCAGCCGCCGCCAUUACAAACACUCACUGAUCACGAGCAGCACACACAGCUAAAAGGGAAGGGAGCACUGGAAGUGGAUACAUGUGUAUAAAGUCAGAUUUAUUUUUAAUCAUCUUUUCUAAAGUUUUUUUUAACGUUCUGUGUCCAAGUUACUGUCAAUCUCUUUCAUCACUUUAGUCUUUUUUUCUUUUAAGGUUGUACGUCCGUCUAUCUCACAAUACCUCUGAAUGUCUUUAGGGAAUUUCUUUCAAACUUUGAUUCAAGGAGGAACUGAUUAUAGUUUAGGGCCAAAAUAUCAA